AUGGUCGAUAACGAUGCACAGGCAUCACUCGACGGAAAACCUAACCUUCCGAAUACUGCCGACGACGGGCAAAUAAUGUCCGCACGCGUUGUGAAGCUGCCCCCAUUUUGGAAGGAUAAUUGCAUCCUGUGGUUUGCACAAGUCGAGGCUGCAUUAGACAUCGCCCAAAUCCGCUCAGACGGCGCAAAGUAUAAAUACGUGCUGGUCCACCUCGAUGAGACGGCUUUACCAUUUGUCGCAGAUAUAAUUACUUCACCACCCGAUGAAGACAAAUAUGCGGUUUUAAAAGAACGUCUGAUAAGCACCUUCGAAGAUACCGAAGACAUAAAACUUCGCCGUCUCCUGCAGGGACUCGAGUACAUUGAAGGGAAGCCCUCACGCUACUUGCAGCGCCUUAGAAACCUUGUUCCUCGCAAAAUACCCGACGAAAUUUUACGCACCAUAUUCCUGGAACGACUGCCAUCAAAUAUUCGCUGCGUCUUAGCAAUCAGCGCAACACAAGACCUAACCACGCUGGCUCUGCAAGCAGAUAAAAUAUUCGACGCUCAGAGUAGCAUCAUGACGAUACAUAAAACAGAUAAAACCAACAGCGAACCGCCGAUGAAACCCGUCGAAACAAUUUCACAGCAAAACAGUAUCGAUGAGCUCAGGGCAGAAAUACAUGCGCUUUCGAAGAAAAUUAACAGUUCGAAGGUCGGAGUUGGCGUCUCGUCCAACGACAAACUAUGUUACUAUCACCUUCGUUUUGGCAGCCAAGCUCGAAAAUGCCGUCAACCUUGCGAAUUUAAGAACAGCAAAAACAAUUCGGGAAACUAG